AUGGCUGCAAUGGUUCCAGUGGUUCAACAGUACCUACUGAAGAAGAAGACCGGAGAUGGAUCACGAACUCAAAUUUUCGCUCUGGUCAAAAAAAGGGUGUGUCGCACCCAUCGGGCUCCAGAAAUUGAAGUGCAACAACCAAUGGGAAGUGCGUUUCCCAAUUACGAGCCCCGGACCCCCACGAUUUUAAAUCUCUCUACCAUUGCCCCGCUCAGCGGGUCAUUGAUACCGCGAGCCGACCCAGACGCCUUUCGAGCGCUGCAGAUGUCAGCAUCGGAGCCCGAGAAUAACCACCAUCUCUGGAUAAUCAAUCUUCCGAAGCGCUGGAAACUGCAAGAAAGAACGUACUGUAGCCGUAUUUGUAACAAGCAGGAAAUUGGCGAAAUCCCUAAAUUUACCGGCCAAAAAGGCGGAUUCGAGGCGGUUUCCGUGUUAGCCCAUAGUCGACCCCACCAUUUCCCCUCGAGAGGCUAG